UCUUCACCUUUUCUUUACAACUCUCAUCAGACUAUCAUCUCCUUCCCUACCACUUCCGCUCCUCACUUCACUUUACCGACACACACUGACACACUAAGCUCUCUCUCUCCUUCAAUGGCGGCAAUUACAGGAUUCUCCGCUCUCACAAGCCCUAUUUCUUCUACUCCUCCGUCACUUCCGUCGUCGCGUUUACUCAAUUCCACUCAGUGUCUCUCCAGAUUCUCAAAUCCAUCUCUGUUUCCCGCGCUCUCUAACUCUCGUCGGAGAAAUAUCCGGUUGAUUCCGGCGUGUUCUUCUUCGAUUGAUAACGUAGAUGAAGAGGUUGAAGCAAAACGUGGUGAUGAGAGUGAGAUUAAAGAGACAUUGAUGUUAUCAGUCUCUCCUUUGCCUCUCCUCCUCGUUGCUGCUCUCCCUGGAGCUGCAACUGUAAGAUCUGUUAUUGGACCUUUUGUGGAAAUUGUACAAUCCUUGAAUCUACCUGACUGGCUUGUUCAUUGGGGCCAUCCAGGGAACAUGGCAGUUGUUCUUUUUGCUAUGGGUGGCUAUGGAACAUACUUAGGCUUCCGGAUUCGUUAUUCAGAUGACAUUGAAGAGAAGGCAAAGGCAAAAGACCUGCACCCAAAGCUUCUAGCAGGAAUGUUUUUCUUUUUCGCCCUUGGAGCAACUGGUGGUAUCACAUCCCUUCUUACCUCUGAUAAACCCAUCUUCGAAAGCCCGCACGCUGUUACAGGAUUCAUAGGUCUUGGUCUCUUGACUAUUCAAACAAUCUUACCAUCUUUGUUCAAGGACAAACCUGAACUGAGGAACGUGCACGGGAUACUCGGGAGUGGGAUAAUGACGCUUUUCCUCGUCCAUGCUGCUUUCGGCCUUCAGCUCGGUCUCAGUUACUGACUAUUCUUUUACUGACCUCUUCUCAUAUGUUUUUGUAUUCUUCAGCUGCAACCACAACAACACAACCAUUUUUCUUUACUUUUGUAUUCGUAUAAAGUCUUGUAAUUUUAAUGAAUGAAGAUAUAUAGGCAAAUUACUGUGAAUU